AUGUUUCCACGCGGCGGUAAUGAUCCAGAAAGCAGGUACCUAGGUGGCACAUCAAUUGAAGGAGAGGGAUAUGGCCCACAAUUGCAGGCGCCGCGCUUUACCACACAACCCUCGUCAUCCGGUUCGAUAGUGAGUGAAGGACGCACGAAAAUCCUCCAGUGUCAUGCCUUGGGAUAUCCCCAGCCCACAUAUAGGUGGUUAAAGGAUGGCAUACCGAUUGGCGAUUUCUCUUCCAGCCAAUAUUAUCGACUGCAAAAAACUCGUCGUGAGGAUGCCGGCAGCUAUCAGUGCAUAGCAAAAAACGAUGCUGGCUCGAUAUUUAGUGAAAAAAUUGACGUCGAAGUUUAUAUGGGCAUCUUCGAGAACACUACACUUGGCCAUAUCACGGUGACGUCAGGUCAUCCGGCCAUUUUUGAUUUACCACCUAUCGAAUCGCAACCGCCACCUUCAGUGAUGUGGCAAACGGUUGAAGGUCCGCUGAACUAUGACAUCAAAUAUGCCGUAACAAAAUCGAAUCAAUUGAUAAUACUCAGCGCAGACGAGGACGAUCGCAAAGCAUAUCGUGCUCGUGCCAUAAACACACAGUUGGGCAAGGAGGAGAAUAGCGCUUUCAUACAAUUGAACGUUAGUGGUGAUCCGUAUGUUGAGGUAGCACCUGAAAUUGUUGUGCAUCCGCAAGAUAUGAAAGUGAAGCGUGGCGAACAGGUGGCCGUAUUGGAAUGUAUCGCGAAUGCGCGACCCCUGCAUGAAUUGGAGACUCUGUGGCUAAAGGAUGGCAUACCCAUUGAGAAUGCUGGUGUGCCGCACACACUCAACGAUCCUUGGAAUCGUUCGCUAUCCCUGCUGGCUGCUAAUUUAACACAUUCGGGCGAGUAUACAUGUCAGGUGCGGCUACGUAGCGGUGGCUAUGACACAGUAACAGUUAGCGCUAAAGUGGAGGUGUUGGAAGCUCCCACCUUUUUCACACAAAUGCGCACAGAAACGUUUGGUGAAUUUGGUGCACUGGUGACGUUGCCAUGUGACGUGGUGGGCGAUCCAAUGCCGGUGAUGAAGUGGUACAAAAAUGCCGAACUCAUCGAUACAAAUGAUGGAAAAUACACACUUCAGGAGGAUAAUUCACUGAUCAUUAAGAAACUUACCCUAGAAGAUGCAGCCAUGUUUCAAUGCCUCGCCAGCAAUGAGGCAGGUGAAAAGAGCGCCUACACUUGGUUGCGUGUAAAAUCUGCAAUGGAUAAUCAUGAUAAAGGCUUACUACCACCACCACUCAAAGAAACCGCAACUACUACAACUUCCACUACUAAUUCAAGGCAUAGUGUACGGCGCAUGUCUACAGCUAAUAAUAAUCGACCGAAUACAAUUGCGGUGCAUUUUGUUGAAAAGUGUAAAUCAUGGUCAUCGCAAGGGUACGUGCGCAGUUUGUUGCAACGCUUCAAGCGUCUAGCACAACCGCGUAUUAUCCAGCGUGUAAGAGCAUCAUCAUCGCAUUCUAGCAUGAGUACUGGCUAUCGCCGCAAGGAUUUUCGCUUUGGUAUGGGCGCUAAAAGCUAUUUAUCAUAA